CAGCCGAUGCCAGCGACGCUGCGGGCGCGGAACCAAAACGAAACUCGGACAUCGAUUAACGGAAGCGGUGUGAGCAGACGGUCCCUUUAUACGAACGAAAAAUAAGAAAUAGCGCUUUUUCGCGUAAUGUCUGUGGUGCUAGUGGCUUAAAACGCGAAGGGAACGUCAGUGCGUGUUAUCCAUAGUAAUAUUAUGUCUUACGUGUGCUUAGUGUGAGUUACAUUGCUACGCUAAAGUGAAGUGAUUUGUGCUGUGACAAAAGUCGACUUAUCGCCUCUUGGAGCCAAUAGCCGGUCGUGUAUGACUCCAAGGUGUCCACUGUGAUCUGUUUCAUCACGAGUAACUGACGGAAUUAAGCAAGCAGCAUGGCCGAUACCGAUACGGAGACACUGCCGAACGGCACCGGUCCGCUCUCCGCCGAGGAGGAAGAGAGAUUGAAGCAGCGUCCCGCCGACAUUGAUGCUGAUGUCCGUGAAAUGGAGCGUCGGAAACGCGUCGAGGCCCUCAUGUCGUCGAAGCUGUUCCGCGAAGAGCUGGAGCGUGUGCUCGAUCAGCAAAUGCACGAGGGUAACGACGCGCCCCUGCUGCAACGCAUCAGGGAGAUGGUUGGAGGCCGGCUGCAUACGGGGAGUUUAAGGGGUCCAAGUUGCGUUCUUCCCAUCAACGACAUCCGUGGUAUCGAGGGUGUCGGCUACGAGAAGGGUGAAAAGAUUCUACGCUGCAAGUUGGCGGCCGUUUAUCGUCUCGUUGAUCUUUUUGGAUGGACGCAGACAGGUAUCUCCGGCCAGAUCACCGCCCGCCUCAACACCGCGGUGGAGCAAGUACUGACGACGCCGCGGGGUCUCCUGCCGCACGAGGUGACAGCCUCGUCGCUGGUCAAGGUGGACAUGCAGGGCGUGGUCCAGGACCAGGGAACCACCAACUUCCCCGUCAACGCCGAGGGGUUCUCGCUGCACGCGUCGGUGCACGCGGCGCGGCCCGACGUGCGCUGCGUGCUGCACGUGCGCUCGGCCGGCGCGCUCGCCGUGUCCGCCACGCGGCGCGGCCUGCUGCCGCUGUGCGGGGAGGCGGCGCUGCUGGGCGACGUGGCCUACCACCGCGUGCCCUACGGUACACUCGAUAACGAGGAGCGUGACAAACUCGUCCGGGCCCUCGGACCCCACGCGAAGGUGCUGAUGCUGAGCGGUAGCGGGGCUCUCUGUUGCGGUGCGACCCUCGAGGAAGCGUUCUACCAGGCCAAGAACCUGAACGCCGCCUGCGAGGUUCAGCUCCGUCUGGCUUCGCUGCCACUGGACGAGCUGACCUUGCUGGAUGAUGAGACAAGAAGACAGAUGUACGAGUCUUCCCGCAAGCCUCCCUCUGACACUGCCAAGUGGCGCGUCGGUGGCGAGGAGUUCGAGGCUCUGAUGCGGAUGCUGGACAACGCUGGUUUCCGCACCGGAUAUAUCUACCGCCAUCCGCUUAUUAAGAACGAUAUACCGAGACCUAAGAACGACGUAGAAGUGCCACCAGCCGUGUCCUCACUGGGCUACCUUCUGGAAGAAGAGGAACUCUACAAACAAGGGAUAUGGAAGAAGGGCACUGGCAAGGCCGGAGAGCGUACCCGCUGGCUGAACUCCCCCAACGUGUACCAGAAGGUCGAGGUCCUGGAGACAGGCACCAGCGAUCCCAAGAAGAUUACCAAGUGGGUGGACGCUAACAACGAAGAGUGGGUUCAAGAUGGCUCGCCGGCGCACUCGGGCACUCCGGUCAAAAUAGACACGCUACAGUUUGUGCCUAAAAACACGAACCCUAAGGAAUUCAAGCAAUUGCAACAGCAGAUCAAAGAGAACCGCCGCGCCGAUAAGAUAAGCGCGGGCCCCCAGUCUCACAUCCUGGAGGGCGUCACGUGGGACGAGGCCUCCAAGCUUGUAGGGGAGGACGCGGCCAACACGCACACUGGUGAUCACGUGGUGCUGAUGGGAGCAGCCUCGAAGGGUAUAAUUCAGCGCGGCUACCAGCACAACGCGGCCGUGUACAGCGCGCCGUACGCGAGGAACCCCUUCGACCACGUGACCGACAACGAGAUCGACGAGUACAGGCGCACCGUGGAGCGGAAGCAGAGACACGAUUACGAUACGGACAUGUCGGAGUCGGAGGCGGCGAGCGCGGCGCAGGUGACGUCACCCAACACCAACACCGCGCCCUCCGACACGGAGGAGGACUCCCGCGACGAACAACGCGUGCUCCGGAUAGAGACGAAGCAAGUACCAGUCCGCAGCCAACCGGAAGUCGUACUCAGUGAUGUUGACACGACGGAUUUCUUGGCUAUGGAGCGAGAGCACGCGGACAGGACUAGAGAUUCGAACCGAGAUCCGAACCUGCUGUCCGAUGACGAGGUAUUCCUCGACUCGACGUCCUCUGUACCGUCCGGUACGUCGUCGGUACCGAUCCAGGGUCCCGUGAUAGUUCGCGCCCAGUACACCGCAGUACAGGGUAACGUCCGGCGAGGCGAACAUACUGUCAACGGUGACCACUCCGACGCCCAUCAGAGCACUUUCUCCCACAGCAGUAAAGAGGGCUCACCGUCCAAGGAGGUAUCGACGGAGGAGUCUCCCAAGAAGGAUAAAAAGAAGAAAAAGGGUCUCCGGACGCCCUCCUUCCUCAAGAAGAAGAAGGAGAAGAAGAAGGACAAGUCCAGCACGCCCCAGCCCGCCUAGAGAUAAAACUCAGAAACAACACUGCCAUCAUGCUUUCAAAAUAAUUGUAAUUUAAGGGUUCCAAAUUUAUCGCAAUGAUUACCGCUUUUUAUUAAAAAGUUUCUGUAAAAAUACGUUGAAAAUGUUCGUGUGUAACCCACCUGUCGUUAAAUGUUGCCACGUCACGGAUAGAUGGCGCUCGAUGCCUCGCUUGAGCAUCGCUCGGCUGAGCCAACACUCAGCUCUGAGCAUUUAGUGUUAGGCUGUAGAUUCAGACAAAUUAUUAUUUAUUCGAAGGUAAAUUUUAAAUGUAAUGCUCUUUUUCUUAUGACUUGCCAGACGUCUUAUGAAACGUUGAUAUUUUUUAAAUUUUGUUUUUAUAUUUUUCCGACUUGUUCGCGAGUUUUGAACGGAAAUGUUGCAUAUAAUAAUUCGUUACGAUAUUAAAAUUAUUAUUCAAAUAUGGCAACUAUUUCCUAGGAUUCAAUGAAUUUAAAACAUUAUUAACGAUUAAAAAGUUUUUAAUAAAUACUAGAAUAUUGAGUGCUCAAGUUAUUCUUAUGAUAGUAUUUUUAACUGGCAACAUUUUCGCUCAAAACACACGGACGGUGUUUGGUGCAUUCUAUACAUAUAAUUGUAUUUUUUAUAAUGGCAUGUAAUGCUUUCCAUGUUAGGGCAAAGACCCGCGCCAUUCGUGCUUUUAUAAUAUAAUUAAAUUAAAAUAACCGCUUACACGAAAAGCCCGCCAAAACUUUGAGCACAGAUAACAACAUGGCGGCUUUGUGUUCGGUAAAUAUUAUUAAAAAUGAAAUAUAAUAUAUAGCACUAUCGAUGUAAACUUUAAGAAUUUAUCGGCUAGCCUACGUUUGUAGAUUUUUUAAAUUAUUUUUUUUUCUUUCGAAAUUGAUGGGACGUAACCGCGGUGUAUUCAACGUAUGGCGGCAAAACAACCUUAUGCAAAUUUUCUCGCAAACUUACACAAAGAUACCUCAUUCCUGCCAUAUUAAUUGAAUAUUCCGCCUUUUUGCAAACCGCCAUUAUGAAUACACCCAAUACCGUCUUAUUAAUAAUAUUGACAGAACAAAAUUCUAUAUUAAUGUCACAGGUAAUAAAACGGUAGAGAAAAUAAAAUAAAUACAUUUUUUUUAUUAAUAAGACGGUAAAAAUACACAUUUAUUAUAGAAAUAAGGCCCAGUUUUAAUGAAAUUUUAUUUUUAAUACUAUUUUUUAUUUUAUUUUUUUUAUUUAGGGCCUUAUCAAUUUGACAUUACCUAGAGAGUGUCUAGAGUUGUUAAAAUGACAAGUUGAUUUUUUUAUUGAUACGUUAAAUAGAAUGUUUCGAACGACCGCGAUAUUUGCGACCUUUGUCUGUUCCAAGCAUUCUGUAUUAAAAAGAUAAUUUUUAAGAAUGUAUUUGUAAUCUUUGAAAUUAUGACACCGGCAUUCUAUGCAACUUUUUGUGUAUUUGUAAUGAAAUAAAUUAUUAGUUUUAA